GGAGCCAGCACCAAAACACGAAAAUUAUUAAUGAAAUCAUUAUAUUGUAAGUAUACGCGUUUGUAAGGGAGACUCUCCCGUUUUCAACAACGUUGACAUAAUAUAAAAGGUGUUAGAAAUGUCCUACAAUGAAAGAAAAAACUGAAAAACCUCUGACUGCACAAACACAGACCACACCCUCUAAAGUUACUGGAACAAGAUUCAAACUGAUUUUAUGCUUAAGCCUAAAGUUGCUGCACAGUAGCUGCCAUGGAAAUCUUACUAUUUGAGGAGGUGGAGCGUGGUGCUAGUGCCAAAAUACAGCGCUCUUACAACAUCCUCUCUACAUCUCUACAAGGUCUCUCCGACUCCAGCGAUGAGGAUGACUGCAUGGCGCCAUUUAAAAGUGAGGACGGCUCUGUGUGCUGUGUUUGUGGAGACACCGUCCCUAUCCUGAAUAAACUGAUAGAGCAUUUUAAGACGCACACAGACGAGGUGUAUUGCCACCUGUGUCGGACAAAGUUUGAACGCGUGAUGUCGCUGGCGUUACACUUAAAAAAUGCCCACCCACAGCAAAGUUUCAUGUGUGAAAAGUGCGGCGCUUUCUUUAAGUGCACAUGGCAUCUGAAUGGACAUAUAGAAAAGCAUCGGAAAGAUGCAAUACAGGUAAAACCUGUGGAAAUCGACAUCAAAGAGACCACAAAACACACUGAUAUGACAAAAACAACCAUGGGGGAUCAUUCACAUUGUGCCUCGGAACAAGCAGCUACAACUGAGACUUGCAAUGCCAUCCAGAAUUGCACCAACGAUGAUACAAACUCCACAAAUCAAGCCAUAGCCAUCAAAACAGAAACGGAGAGUUUGCCUAUUAUUGAUAAACAAAACGACACCUUCAGCUUUUCGUCAUGCCCCUUGAGUCAAGAGCAAGAGCACCCAAGCUUUAGACUGAAGGAAGAGAAUGACAAUAAACAUAGGCUUGGAGAAAGUACAACAUGUGAGGUGGCUGCAGAGGAGGAAGUUGGACUGGUAGAGAAUGAUGAAAGUACAGACACUGAAGAUGACGGAAAUCCUGACUCAUUACCCCCUGGUGACACGCCGUACGUCCCGGAAGAGGACUUCUGCUCAGAUCUUGAAGACAGUGACUCAAGAAGCAGCUCCUACGACCAUCACCGAAACAAAAAGAGACAGAAAAAACAGACUCCUGACAGGAAAAGCCCUGCAAAUACAAAUCCAGAAUCAGUCAACAUUACAGAGAAAUUUGGGUUUCAAUCCGAUUCUCCUUUUUGCUGCUAUGGCAAAUUCGCAAAUUUGGAGAAGCACAUGGACGAUUGCAGGAACAAACUGAGGUUAGCUUGUUGCCUGUGCAACAUGGCAUGUGAGAAUGAAGAGUUGCUGCUGAAGCACAUGACCGAAAAACACCCCACAGCUGGGUAUAUCUGUGCAUACUGCUACAAUGUUUUCUCUCAACAGGAUAGUUUCAAAAAUCACGUGUGUUUGAGAAGACCAACAGGUGGCAUGAACUUGCCGGCCACCCCGGUAACCCAGUUACCUGUCGUGCCUUUAUCUGACAGCAGCAGUCAAGUAAAACCUUCUGCCCCUGCUUUGUUCGCCAAUCAAAACACCAUUAAGGUUAUCAAAAUAACACAGACCAUGAACAAAGGUUCCACCGCCCCUGAUCCUCCACCUGCAGGAUCAGCCAAAGCUUUGACGGUACUUCAGGCAUCUCCUUUGGUUCCUGCUAAGGUGAGUGACUUGGUUCCACAAGUUGUGGCUAUGCCACAAACUCUAAUCAGGCCCCGUUUCCCGCAGAGUUCUUCUGUUGCUCGACCGAAUGUUCCUCUCCAUAUACCUUCAGUUGCGCAGCCCUUGAUGCCAAAUCCGGCCAGGAUGACUCUUCGUAUCCCUACCGCUUCCAAUCUACCUCUUAGAACUCAAGUUCCUGUCUAUAAACCUUCGGUUGCACGGCCCUUGAUGCCGAACCUGGCCAGAGUGGCUCUUCGUAUGCCUACCCCUUCAAAUCCACCUCUGCCAAGUCAAGUUCCUGUCUAUAUACCUUCGGUUGCACGGCCCUUGAUGUCGAAUCUGGCCAGGAUGACUCUUCGUAUCCCUACCCCUUCCAAUCCACCUUUUCCAACUCAAGUCGUUGUAUCCUUCUCACCCACUGUGAACGUCUCUGCACCCAUUCUAGUAUCAGCCAACAGGCCUGUUCUGAGACAAGCGCCUCCGGCUAAUAUUAGACCUGUAAACGUCCCAGUGAUGACCUCGGUCGCUUGUCCCACCCUGGUCAGCGCUCUUGUUGGGACCAACCAGCCACAGGUCCCUCCUGCCCAGGUUCAGGCUCCGUUGCAAAUAGUGGCCAUGUAUGUGAACCGAAGCAGGGAGUUGGCUCCGCAGAAGCGUCUCGAGCAGAGCUGGCGCUUCAAGACCAUCUUACCCUGCCGUCACUGCGGCGCCAUCUCCAGACAGCCGUCACUGAGGGUGCGCCAUCGCUACUUACACCGCGGGUCAAGGUUGUACAGAUGCCAGUGUGGAAGGUCAUUCCAAAGGCAGCUGCAUUUACUGAGACAUCAGGUUCAGCAUGCGGAGUCAGUCCGAUUUGUUUGCGUGCGGUGCGGGGAUACAUUCGAAGGGGCGCAUAAGCUGAGCUGUCACAGGCAGAAGCAUAGAAAAGGCAUGCGGUGUGCGAAGACAAAAUGCAAGGCGGCUUUUAACUGUAGCUGUGGACAGAUGUUUACAAGGCCGUCUGCACUGUUGUGGCAUAUGCUUAAAAACUCAAAAAUUUUGAAACGUACUCGAAAAAACUCUGUUUGAAUUUUUUGGGAGAGACAUAAGAUUUCAAUUAACUGGACCAUUCAACUACAAAUUGUGUUUUUCUUUGCGUCAAAUUGAUUUUUUUUGUAUAAAGUUUGUAUUAUUAUGUGGUGAACGGUAGUGUGUCUCACAGAGUUUUUUUUUUUUUUUUUGGUAGACUGAAGCCCAAGUCCAUAAUAGCACAAAUAGUAACACUUUAACCCUACAGGUAAGAUUUGUUUCAGAAGAAAUGUGAAGUGAGCACUGGUAUAAUUUAUAUACAGUUGAGGUCAAAAGUUUACACACACCUUGGAGAAUCUGCAAAAUGUUAAUUAUUUUACCAAAAUAAGAGGGAUCUUACAAAAUGCAUGUUAGUUUUUAUUUAGUACUGAUCAGAAUAAGAUAUUUCACAUAAAGGACGUUUACAUAUAGAGAAAAUAAUUGUUGAAUUUAUAAAAGUGACCCUGUUUAAAAGUUUACGUGCUUGAUUCUUAAUACUGUAUUGUUACCUGAAUGAUCCACAGCUGUUUUUUUGUUUGGUGAUAUUUGUUCAUGAGUCCCUUGUUUGUUGUGAACAGUUAAAUUGCCCGCUGUUCUUCAGAAAAAUCCUUCCCACAAAUUCCCACAGACUCUUCUCCCACACAAACUUCUCCUUUGCAACAAUGACUGUAUGAUUUUGUGAUCCAUCUUUUUACACUGAGGACAACUGAGGGACGAUUACAGAAGGUUCAAACGCUCACUGAUGCUCCAGAAGGAAAAACGUUGCAUUAAAAGCUGGGGGUUGAAAACUUUUGGAAUAUGAAUAUCAGUGUAAAUUUAACUUAUUUUGUCUUCUGGGAAACACGUAAGUAUCUUCUGCAGCUUCUGAAUAUAUGUAUAUUUAGGCAAAAUAAAAAAUGUACACAUCUUCAUUCUGUUCAAAAGUUUUCACCCCUGGCUUAUAAUGCAUCGUUUCAUUCAGGAGCAUCAGUAAGUGUUUGAACCUUCUGUAAUAGUUGCAUAUAAGUCCCUCAGUUGUCCUUAGUGUCAAAAGAUGGAUCUCAAAAUCAUACAGUCAUUGAUGGAAAGGGUUCAAAUACACAAAAAUGCUAAAACACCAAAGAAUUUGUGGGACCUGAAAGAUUUUUUUGAAGAACAGCAGGCAGUUUAACUG